CAACAACAUAUGUUAUCAAAAACGACGUCACCUUGCGCUUUCUUCCUUCCCGUACCUGGACUGUUUUUACCAGGACUCCGUCCACCACAAAAACACUCCUCUUGCUUUCUGUUCCCACCAGCAUCCUCUACCCCCGACAGACGCAUAUGCUCCGUACAUGUCUCUUUAUGUCAAUAAAGAGAAGGACUUCCAUGGAUUAGAGCCGGAGAUAGAGAAGCAGAGCCGAGGAAUGACGGCGAAAUUGGGGUCCUUUCGGCAGAGCUUCGCGGAUAAGAGGGAAAGGGAGAGGCUUUUCUCGCCCAGAUGCAACGCCGACUCCUCCGAGCUCUCGAGUUUUCUUCUCGACUACAGAGAUAAGCCGAAGUUCUGCCGCUUCGGGCUCUGUUCGAAGGCUGUGAAGCUAUGGGAGAGCUUCCGGGCCGUCGCCAGGAACGCCUGGCAGAUGGGUCAAUCCGACCCGAGAAAGGUCAUCUUCUCCGCCAAGAUGGGCCUGGCGUUGAUGCUCAUAUCCCUGCUCAUCUUCUUCAAGGAGCCCGUCGAAGAGCUCAGUAGAUACUCCGUGUGGGCAAUUCUUACUGUCGUUGUAGUGUUCGAGUUCAGUAUAGGUGCCACUCUUAGCAAAGGAUUUAACCGUGGAUUAGGGACAUUGUCAGCUGGAGGACUUGCUCUAGCAAUGGCUGGGUUAUCUCAGUUGGCUGGAGACUGGGAAGAAGUUGUUAUAAUCUUAGGCAUAUUUAUCGCAGGCACAUGCAUAACAUAUGCUAAAAUGCUACCAAAGGUGAAGCCAUAUGAAUAUGGCUUCCGCGUCUUCUUGAUAACAUAUUGCUUCAUAAUGGUGUCGGGCUAUCGCACCAGAGACUUUGUUCAUACAGCUGUCACUCGAUUCCUCCUAAUUGCGCUUGGUGCCGGUGUUUCUUUGGCUGUAAAUAUUUGCAUUUUUCCUAUCUGGGCUGGCGAGGAUCUUCACAACCUUGUCACAAAGAAUUUCAAGGGCGUUGCAUCUUCAUUAGAAGAUUGCAUCAAUGGGUAUCUGAAUUGUGUAGAAUAUGAGAGGAUCCCUUCGAAAAUACUCACCUACCAAGCUUCAGAUGAUCCGGUGUACAGUGGGUAUAGAACAGCAGUAGAGUCGACAAGCAAGGAGGAGGCUCUGAUGGGAUUUGCUAUCUGGGAACCACCACAUGGUCCAUACAAAAUGUUUGCAUAUCCAUGGAGAAAUUAUGUUAAGCUCAGUGGGGCAUUAAGGCAUUGUGCAUUCAUGGUCAUGGCACUGCAUGGCUGUAUUCUUUCAGAAAUACAGGCUCCUGCUGAAAGAAGACAAGUCUUCCGUAGUGAGCUUCAAAGGGUAGGGUUAGCAGGUGCUGCAGUAUUGAGAGAACUCGGGGAGAAAGUGAAAAAAAUGGAGAAGUUGGGCGCUGUGGAUUUACUCGCCGAAGUUCAUGAAGCAGCAGAAGAGUUGCAAAACAAGGUAGACAAGAAAUCUUACCUUCUUGUAAAUGCUGAAAGCUGGGAAAUCGGAGAGAGGCAACCACACACCAAAAUCACUGUUCCCCAAGAAUUUUUCACCAUGGAUGAUGACACCGCAAGAUGCCAUUAUGUCAAGUCCCUGAGCGAAGCCGGGCUUGAUCUGACAUCCAUUCAAAUGCCGACAAGUUGGGAUGAGGGUAUAUAUGUGAAGGGUUCAUGUCUCAAUCCAACAGCAGGAAUCACAUUAGAGAAGCAGGAACUUAGGCAUUCACACACCACCCCUAUGAUAGUUCCCGAGAAAGAAGAAGAAUCAAAGGCGUACGAGAAUGCGAGUGCCUUAUCCUUGGCAACAUUCACCUCACUGCUCAUUGAAUUUGUUGCAAGACUCCAAAACCUUGUGGAUGCGUUCGAAGAGCUAAGCGAAAAAGCCAUGUUCAAGGAACCUGCCGUUGAGUUACCCGGCAAAGAAGAUGAUGCUAGUGGGUGUUGGUCCAGGUUGAUGCGGUAUAUGAAGUUUUGGAAGAAAGAUAAGAGCUUACCACUUGGAGAAAGUUUAGUUUGAUUGGGUGAGAGGAAACUUGGAAAUCCUAUUGCAUAAUUGGCUCUAUGCUUCGGUCUCUAACUCUUAUAACCACGCAAGAGCUAUGCAUGAGAGGCCCCCUCCAAUCUAGUGAUAAGAUAGGGGUAAGGACUAAUGAGAGUGUCUUUAGAUAUUUCUUGAUUACUGCUAGUGCUCUCAGUAUUUAUGGUCCAAGUAAGCUUGUUGGACUUCAUACAUGUCAUUAGUAUCAAACAUAUUUUAGUGCUUCCUACAGCCUCUCUCUCCCUACCCAGGCGAAUCCCUUGAGGGUGCAGUGGUAUGAGAAAGUGCACAUACGGGCCACUGUUUCUUUUUGCUUCUUAGAAAUCUUAUCAUGUGUGAAGACGGUGAAGUAUGUAAUGUACUCUAGUGUUUCAGGAACUUUGUGUAUAACUGUAUACAUCUAGAUUCUUGACAUGUUUAAAGUUCCAAAGUAAAACUGGGCAUGCAAUUUCAGUUUUUUUGCUAGGCUUUCUAACCUAUUAUAGCAUGUACUCUAUGUUAAAGCCAUCAUCCUUGAAAUGGGAUGAAUUUGAACUUGUGACAUCCUCUUUAGGAGUGUCAUAGUGAUGUCAUCGGAUCACAAAGUAUUUGGUGCAGUUUCAGUUUUAAAAAUUACAAACGUUAAUCGAAAGAAAAACUUUCUUUCGUUUAACAUCCUAAGUGUUUAACAGUCUUACAUGUGAUUUUGUCAGGUGACUUUGUAGCACUAUUAUAAAAGCAUAUCGUCAUUUUGUUCGGGAGAGCGUUGUGCAUGAAGAUUUCAGUGCUAUUAUGUUCAUACAACAACUAAUUGACAUGUUUACAAAAAUUUUAUCACCUGUGUAUUUUUUUCAUGACAAUUAUCACAUAGCCCCCUCCCGGCCUCCCCCCAACAUAUAUUGAAGGUGUGUAAUAAUGAAAAAUUAUUAUAUUAGUAUAAACUGUUCACGAAUUUUA